CAUUAUCUACCCUCACCGUAAGCUACCAACAUUAAUAAAACUUAUAUUCACAGUUGAAAUCAGCACACAAUUAAACAUGUUUUCAAAAAGAGUCAUUCUGAAAACACUUCACACAGCGAAAAAAUAUAAUACCCCAUAUUCCACGAAACCUAGCUACAUACACAAAAUUGGUGACCAGCCGUUAAAAUAUAUCACAAUCGGGCGACUUUUGGAACAAACGGCUCAGAAAUUCGGUGAACGAAAAGCCGUCGUUUCAGUCCACCAGAACCAAUUUUUGACGUUCUCUGAACUGUUACACAAAGCUGAUAAGUUGGCAGCGAGUUUCAGACUAUUAAAUUUGGAAAAAAAUGACCGCCUGGGAAUCUGGGCUCCGAAUUUAGUGGAAUGGUACGUCACGAAAAUGGCAUGUGCAAGAGCUGGUUUGAUUGGGGUAUGCUUGAAUCCCGUUUCUGAAGCUCCGGAAAUACAAUAUUGUGUUAAUAAAACCGGAAUAAAAGCCUUAGUGUGUGCUGAUAAAUUCAAACACUAUGACUAUUACGAGUCUCUGUUGACUAUAGUACCAGAAAUGGAAAAGUGCGACCCUGGGAAAAUUAAAAGUACUCAAGUGCCUUCUCUAAAAACCGUCAUUAUUAUGGGCGACAAAAAUAAAUGUGGUACUUACAAUUUUCACGAAAUUUUGGACCUAGCGACUAGUAAUGACGUGGCUAAUGUACAAAAAUUGCAAGACUAUAUUAGUCCAGAUGACGGCUGCAGCCUCCAUUUCACUUCAGGAACCACAGGAAAACCAAAAGCGGCUUUAACCAACCACUUCAAAAUGGUAAAUACUGGCUUCAUAACCGGAAAACGACUAGACUUAUCACACAAACACCACACGCUUUGUGUGCAAGUUCCACUAUUUCACAUCUUUGGUACCAUCGUUGGUUUCAUGGUUGCAUUAAACCACGCCAGUACUAUAGUUUUACCCUCAAACGCGUACCAACCCAGCAAAACUUUGGACGCAAUCAAAAACGAAAAGUGCACGGUGAUUUAUGGUACUCCCACGAUGUUUACCGACUUAAUCGAAACUCAAGAAAAACGUAAAGAUGCUAUAUCUGCAGAGGCAGUUUUGAUAGGUGGUGCCCCAAUCGCACCAUAUCUGAUGGAACAGAUUUCAAAAACUUUGAAUGUAUCGAGGGUCCAUUCGGCCUAUGGGUUAACAGAAUGUAGUGGAAUAAUGUUCGAGUCAGUACCAACAUCGCAUCUGAAACACGUACAUGAACAUAUUGAGGUUAAAGUAGUAGAUGAAAGUGGUUGUGUGGUACCUUUUGGUACUCCUGGUGAGUUGUGCGUACGAAGUUACAGCAACAUGUUGGGUUAUUGGAACGACGAAGAAAAAACGAAAGAAAUGAUAGGAACAGACGGUUGGCUAAAAACUGGAGACCUGUUCAUUCUCGAGGAAGACGGAAGUGGGAAAGUAGCAGGGAGAAUAAAAGAUAUGAUCAUACGAGGAGGAGAGAAUAUUUCUCCGAAAGAAAUCGAAGAAUUUUUGGUCACCCAUCCAAGUGUGGUAGAAGUACAGAUAAUCGGUACACCACACCAAAGGCUGGGAGAAGAAGUUUGUGCAUGUGUGAGACUCAAACCUCAGUCGAAUUUAACACUUGACGACAUCGCAACUUUCUGUAAAGCAAAGUUGGCGUAUUUUAAAAUUCCCACGAGGAUGGAAAUUUUCGAUAAUUUUCCGCGGACGCUUUCAGGGAAAAUUCAGAAAUUUAAGCUCCGAGAAAUGCUAGCAGAAAAAAGCUGUGAAGAUUGAUUAGUAAAAUAAAUAAACUUUACACUU